CCCCCCCCCCCCCCCCCCCCCCCCAACUCCAUCUCUAGGGUUUCGAUCUCCAAAACCCUACAUUAUCUUUCCAGAAGAUUCCACUUCGUACGGGUUUCGAUACGGUAAGGAGAAUCCGAGGAACCAUGUACAUCAAGGAGAUAUGCUUAGAAGGGUUUAAGUCCUACGCGACGAGAACCGUAGUCCCUGGCUUCGAUCCAUACUUCAACGCGAUUACCGGGCUGAACGGUUCGGGUAAGUCGAACAUUCUCGACUCAAUUUGCUUCGUGCUGGGGAUCACCAAUUUGCAGCAGGUUAGGGCCUCGAAUCUUCAGGAGCUCGUGUACAAGCAAGGCCAAGCCGGGAUUACCAAGGCCACUGUCUCCGUCGUGUUUGAUAACUCCGACAGGAGCCGUAGCCCCCUUGGAUACGAGGACCAUCCCGAAAUCACUGUCACUCGACAGAUUGUGGUUGGUGGAAGGAACAAGUACCUAAUUAAUGGAAAACUCGCCCAGCCUAGUCAGGUUCAGAAUCUUUUCCAUUCAGUGCAGCUUAACGUUAACAAUCCACAUUUCCUUAUAAUGCAAGGGCGUAUUACCAAGGUUUUAAAUAUGAAACCCCCUGAGACUCUGUCUAUGCUCGAAGAAGCCGCUGGGACAAGAAUGUACGAGACAAAGAAAGAGUCUGCAUUGAAAACACUUGAGAAGAAGCAGAGUAAGGUUGACGAGAUUAACAAGCUUCUUGACCAGGAAAUACUGCCUGCUUUGGAGAAGUUGAGGAAAGAACGGACCCAGUACAUGCAAUGGGCUAAUGGCAAUGCUGAGUUGGAUCGACUCAAAAGGUUUUGCAUUGCUUACGAAUAUGCUCAAGCAGAGAGGAUAAGAGAUAAUGCAGUCUGUGAGGUGGAACAGGUGAAGGCCAGUAUUGCUGAGGUUGAUGAUGAUACGGGAAGGACGCAAGAACAAAUACAAGAGAUGGAGGCUAAAAUAUCAAAACUGACUGCUGAAAAAGAAGCAAGUAUGGGUGCAGAAGUUAAAUCUUUGUCGGAGAAAGUAGAUGCAUUUUCUCAAGAUCUUGUAAGGCAAGUGUCUGUACUGAACAAUAAAGAGGACACUCUUCGAAGUGAAAAAGAAAGUGCUGAAAAGAUUUCUAGUAAUAUUGAAGAUUUGAAUCAUUCUGUGGAAGCGAAGGCCUCUGCUGUUAGAAAGGCUGAAGAAGGAGCUGCCGAUCUUAAAAAGAGAGUUGAGGAACUUUCUAAGAAUUUGGAUGAGUAUGAAAGUGAUUACCAGGGUGUGUUAGCUGGAAAAAGCAGUGGAAAUGAGGAGAAAUGCCUUGAGGAUCAACUAAGUGAUGCUAAGAUUUCUGUUGGGAGUGCUGAAACUGAAUUAAAACAGUUGAAAACAAAAAUAAGCCAUUGCGAGAAGGAGUUGAAAGAGAAAAAGCAUCAGUUAAUGUCGAAGCGUGAAGAAGCUGUUGCGGUUGAGAGUGAACUUAAUGAUAGAAUAAUGGAUGUGGAGAAUAUAAAAAAGGCAUUGGAGUCUCUCUCCUAUAAGGAGGGACAGAUGGAAGCUUUACAAAAGGAUCGUGCAUCGGACUUGGAGCGGGUGCAGAAGUUGAAAGAUGAAAUACGUAAUCUUUCAGCACAAUUAGCAAAUUUUGAUUUCUCUUACCGUGACCCUGUGAAGAAUUUUGAUAGGUCAAAGGUAAAAGGCGUUGUUGCAAAACUUAUCAAAGUAAAGGAUAGCUCUACAAUGACUGCCUUAGAGGUUACUGCUGGUGGAAAGCUAUUUAAUGUUGUUGUGGACACAGAAAAUACUGGAAAGCAAAUUCUUCAGAAUGGCGCUCUUAGAAGAAGAGUGACAAUUAUACCUUUGAAUAAGAUACAGUCCCAUACAGUUUCCCCUAGAGUUCAGAAUGCUGCUGUUAGAUUGGUUGGCAAGGAGAAUGCAGAACUGGCACUUUCUUUGGUUGGUUAUGAGGAAGAAGUGAAGACUGCUAUGGAAUAUGUAUUUGGUUCAACCUUCAUUUGCAAGACCAUUGAUGCUGCAAAGGAGGUUGCAUUUAAUAAUGAAAUUCGAACCCCAAGUGUCACUCUUGAAGGGGAUAUAUUUCAGCCAAGUGGUCUUUUGACCGGUGGAAGUCGCAAGGGUGGUGGUGAUUUCUUAAGGCAACUUCAUGAUUUGGCAGAGGCUGAUUCAGAACUUUCUACACAUCAGAAAAAGUUGGCUGAAAUUGAAACACAGAUUGCAGAGCUCCGGCCUCUUCAGAAAAAGUUCAUGGACCUCAAAGCACAGCUAGAGCUUAAAUCAUAUGACCUUAAACUGUUUCAGGGCAGGGCUGAGCAAAAUGAGCAUCAUAAGCUCAGUGAAUUAGUCAAGAGGAUUGAGCAGGAGCUUGAAGAAACAAAAUCUAUGGCUAAAGAAAAGCAACUUUUGUAUGAAAACUGUGUUAAUACAGUUUCAUUGCUUGAGAAAUCUAUCAAAGAGCAUGAUAAUAAUCGGGAGGGCAGGCUCAAGGAUUUGGAGAAAAAGAUUAAGAUGAUAAAAUCUCAAACGCAGUCAUCUUCAAAAGCUCUCAAGGGGCAUGAAAAUGAGAAGGAGAGGCUUGUUAUGGAAAUGGAAGCUGUUGUAGAGGAACGUGCAUCCUUAGAGACUCAACUAGCUUGUUUGAGAGAACAAAUUGAUAGUCUUACUGCUGAAGUAGAGGAACAUAAAUUGAGGGUUGCUGCCACAAGGAAUAAUCAUGAACAGGCUCAAUCGGAGCUUGAUUUGAUCCGUUUGAAAAUGAAGGAAUGUGACUCCCAGAUUAGUUGUAUUCUUAAGGAGCAGCAGAAACUUCAGCAUAAACUUAGUGAGAUUAAUCUUCAGAGGAAAAAGAUGGAAAAUGAGGUAAAAAGAAUGGAGAUGGAACAAAAAGAUUGCUCUACAAAAGUAGACAAACUGAUAGAGAAGCAUGCAUGGAUUACAUCUGAGAAACAAUUAUUUGGAAGAUGCGGAACUGAUUAUGAUUUUUCAUCUUGUGAUCCUUUUAAGGCAAGGGAAGAACUUGAGCGACUGCAGGCAGAACAAUCAGGCCUUGAGAAAAGGGUGAACAAGAAAGUGAUGGCAAUGUUUGAGAAAGCAGAAGACGAGUACAAUGAAUUGAUGUCAAAGAAAAACAUCAUUGAGAAUGACAAGUCGAAAAUCAAGAAGGUCAUAGAAGAGCUAGAUGAGAAAAAGAAGGAAACGCUAAAAGUUACUUGGGUUAAAGUUAACAGAAGUUUGUUCAUUUGCUUCAGUGAUUUCGGAUCUAUCUUUUCCACCCUGUUACCGGGAACCUCGGCAAAGCUAGAACCUCCAGAAGGAUGCAGCUUCCUUGAUGGUCUUGAGGUUCGUGUAGCAUUUGGAGGUGUUUGGAAACAAUCCCUGUCAGAACUUAGUGGAGGCCAAAGAUCUUUGCUUGCACUUUCUCUUAUCUUGGCACUACUCCUUUUUAAACCAGCUCCGCUUUACAUAUUGGAUGAGGUUGAUGCAGCUCUUGAUCUAAGCCACACUCAGAACAUAGGGCGAAUGAUUAAAGCUCACUUCCCACACUCCCAGUUUAUUGUGGUCUCACUGAAAGAAGGCAUGUUCAAUAAUGCUAAUGUCCUUUUCCGGACAAAAUUUGUGGAUGGUGUUUCCACAGUUCAGAGGACUGUUGCAUCUAAGCAGAGCAAGUGAUUGCUGUUUGUAUUGUUUGUGAGAUCUUACCAUGUAAUUCUACUGAGGAUUAUCUAUCUAUUUAUAUAUAUAUAGAAAGUCAUGUAUUAUCUUGUGAAAUCUGCAUGAUGUAAAGUAGAACAAUGAACAUAUGUUAUGACCCUAACCAUGCAUCACGUUUUAAGCUGGUCAUCAAGUUGGAUAGAAGCCCAUGUAAAGGUGGAUGAAAAUAUUGAAGGGAGUGAAAUGGAAAUUGUUAUUUGUUUUUUA